AUGACGUUGUUUUAUUGUUGCAGAGAUGAUGAAGAUGAAGAUGAUGAAGUUUGUGGUGUUGUUGCUGCUGAUGGAGCGAGCUGCAGCUCAGCAGAGAGGGCUGUUCCCAGCCAUCCUGAACCUGGCCAGUAACGCGGUGAUUAGCAGUAACGCUACGUGUGGAGACCCAGAGCCAGAGGUCUACUGUAAGCUGGUGGAGCACGUCCCAGGAAGACGCAUCAAGAACCCUCACUGCCCCAAAUGUGAUGCUAACUCCCUGCUGGCUAAAGAACGUCAUCCAAUAACAAACGCCAUCGACGGGACCAAUCAGUGGUGGCAGAGUCCCAGCAUCAAGAACGGACGCCAGUUUCACUGGAUCACGAUAACACUGGACCUCAAACAGAUCUUUCAGGUCGCUUACGUCAUCAUCAAGGCAGCUAACUCACCUCGACCAGGUAACUGGAUCCUGGAGCGGUCUCUGGACGGCGUGACCUUUGACCCCUGGCAGUUCUACGCCAUCAGCGGCGCCGAGUGCCUGUCUCACUACAACGUGACGCCGAGACUCGGACCGCCGACCUACAAGAGAGACACGGAGGUCAUCUGCACGUCGUACUACUCCCGCCUCAACCCACUGGAGCACGGGGAGAUCCACACGUCCCUGAUUAACGGCCGCCCCGGCGCUGAUGAUCUGACCAAUGAGCUGCUGAACUUCACGUCGGCUCGUUACAUCAGACUCCGGCUGCAGCGAAUCAGAACGCUCAACGCCGACCUGAUGACGCUGAGCACCCGCGACCCCCGAGAGAUAGACCCCAUCGUCACCAGGAGGUACUAUUACUCCAUCAAAGACAUCUCUGUGGGCGGCAUGUGCAUCUGUUAUGGCCACGCCCAGAGCUGCCCGCUGGACGCCGUUACCAAGAAAAUGCAGUGUGUGUGUGAACACAACACCUGUGGAGAGAGCUGUAACGAGUGUUGCCCCGGUUACCACCAGCAGCCAUGGCAACCAGGGACCCUCUCAGAGGGAAACACCUGUGAGAAGUGUAACUGUCACAACAAGGCGUCUGACUGUGUGUAUAACCAGACCGUCUCUGAUUGGUCACUGAGUCUCGACGCUGACGGCGUGCGUCGGGGGGGCGGAGUCUGUUCCAGCUGUCAGCAAAACACGGCCGGGAUCAACUGUGAGAACUGCAAGGACGGGUACUACAGGCCCUCAGAGGUGUCUCCAUACUCUGACUCUCCGUGUGUGGAGUGUGAGUGUGAUCUGAGAGGAUCAGAGUCUUCAGUCUGCAGCAGAGACGACACACAGCCAGGAGUGUCAGCAGGCCAGUGUGUGUGUAAAGAAGGCUUCUCAGGUCUCCGCUGUGACCGCUGUGCGUUUGGCUUCAGAGAUUUCCCGCUCUGUUCUCGCUGUGAGUGCAACCUGUCGGGCAGCGUCAACACCGACCCCUGCAGCGCCUGCACCUGCAAGGUGAACGUGAUGGGAGCUCACUGUGAUCUGUGUCAGCCGGGCUUCUACAACCUGCAGGCCGGAAACCCUCUCGGCUGCUCCGACUGCUUCUGCUUCGGAGUCUCUGACGUCUGUGAGAGUUCAGAGUGGAACACAGCACAGGUGCAUCAUACAGACGCUUGGCUCCGCCCCUCUCUGGCCCUCCAAUCACUGCCUGUUGUCCACGGCAACGACCUCCCCAUCCCCAACAACUCCUCUGGCCACGCCCACCAACACGUGCUGUCGUGGGCGGCGCCUGACCGUUUCCUCGGCAACAAGCUGGGGUCUUAUGGAGGGGUCCUGACCUUCUCUCUGAGUUAUGACGUCCCAUUGGAUAAUGAAGACCACUCUCUCCGCGCCCACUCUGACAUCAUCAUCCAGGGAAACGGACGAUCCCUCCGUCUCGCCCCCCCUCUCCUCCUCUUCCUCUCCGAGCUGGCCGAGCGAUCGGUUGCCGUGGCGAUCGUCCCGCAGCGUUUCCUGGACGAUGAGACGGGUGUCCACGUUACCCACGAUGCACUGCUGUCGGCGCUCAGCGACGUGACAUCACUGAGGGUCAGAGUUCAUCUCAACGCCUCCGCCGACGGGCCCAUACGUCUCAGCUCUGUGUCUCUGGACGUUGCCGACCCAGCUUCAGUUUCUGGCGUCCAGGCGGUUGCCGUGGAGACGUGUGAAUGUCCGUGGGGUUACAGCGGCACUUCCUGUGAGGCGUGUCUUCCAGGCUUCUACCGGCUGGGGGGGGUCCUGUUUGGGGGGAACUGUCUGCAGUGUGAGUGUAACGACCACGCAGAUCACUGUGACACCAACGGAGUCUGUUUGGGAUGUUCCCACAACACCAUUGGUCCUCACUGUGACCAGUGUCUUCCUGGUUUCUACGGCGACGCCACCGAGGGGACUGCGGCCGACUGUCGGGUGUGUCCGUGUCCUCUGACGGAGACGUCCAACAGCUUCAGUCCUACCUGUGUGUUGGAGGAGUCUGGUCAGGUGUUGUGUGACAGAUGUCAGGACGGUUACACCGGACCUCGCUGUGAGAGGUGUGCCAGUGGUUUCCAUGGUAACCCCCAGGUGCUGGGCGGGGCCUGUGAGCUGUGUGAGUGUAACGGGAAUGUGGACGUCAGCGAGGCGGGGCACUGCCACACCGUCACCGGGGAGUGUCUGCGUUGCCUCGGCAACACGGCCGGACCACACUGCGAGGUCUGUCAGCCGGGUUACUAUGGAGACGCUGUGCACGCCAAGGACUGUCAGGCGUGCGGCUGUGAUGUCAGCGGCGCCCUGUCCAGUGUGUGUGAUGUCACGACGGGUCAGUGUUCAUGCAGAGAAAACGUGACGGGACGAGCCUGUGACCGCUGCCAGUUUGGGUUUUUCGGGCUGCAGAGCGGCCGGGGAUGUCGGCCCUGUAGCUGCAGCCAAUCAGGAUCUCUCUCUGAGUCAUGUGACAAGGAGGGGCGGUGCCAGUGUGUGGAGGGCGUGGCCGGAGACGCGUGUGACCGCUGUAGCCAUGGUUACUUCGGUUUCCCCGCCAUCGGCUGCACAGCAUGCACCUGUGAACACACCAGAGGGAACUGUGACCCGGAGAGCGGCGAGUGCAUCUGCCCCGCCCAUACGGAGGGAGUCUCCUGCGACAGGUGUGAGGACGGUUACUGGGGUCACGACCCCGUCACAGGCUGCAAGCCGUGCAGCUGCAGCGCAGCGGGAAGCUCCGCCCCUCAGUGUGAGUUGACCAAUGGUCAGUGUCUCUGCAGAGAGGGCUUCUCUGGCAGGUCAUGUGACCAGUGCGCCCGCGGUUACCACGGUUACCCAGAAUGCUCGGCGUGCGGCUGCGACGUGACGGGAACGGACGAGAAGUUCUGCAACACGACGCUGGGAGUGUGUGACUGUCGAGACAACGGGGAGUGUGUGUGCAAGGUGGGCGUGUCUGGGCGGCGCUGUGAGGAGUGCGUCUCUGGUUGGUUCGGCCUAUCAGCAGAGAGUCCUGCCGGCUGCUCUCAGUGUUUCUGUUCAGGACUCAGCACGGACUGUGAGGAGCAGGGAGGACUGCACAGAGUACCUGUGACCCUGGAUGGCUCUGCUGCUGCCCUGUCAUUGGUCAGCCAGUCUAACCUGCAGGGCGUAGUGUCUGGAGUCUACCAGCAGGACGGGGACACGCUGCUGGACACCCGGCAGAUCAACAGCAGCCGGCUGGCCGGCCCGCUCUACUGGAGGCUCCCCCCCCACUUCCAAGGCCCGCAGCUGCUGGCGUACGGCGGCCUGCUGUCUUACAUCAUCACUUUCUACGCUGAGGAUGGCUCGGGGCUGUCCAAUCAGGAGCCUCAGAUCCUGAUGAGGGGAGGGGCCAUGAGGAAGCUGGUCAUAUACAUGGACAUGGUCGCCCCUGGCAACGGCGUCAAGACUCAGCAUGACAUUAGGAUGACAGAGCACAAGUGGAAGUAUUUUAACUCAGUGUCUGAGAAGCCGGUGAGUCACGCUGACUUCAUGUCCGUUCUCAGUGACGUGGAGUACAUCAUCAUUAAGGCUUCUUAUGGGACUCUACUGCAGCAGAGCAGGAUCUCUAACAUCACCAUGGAGACAGCAGUGGAGGCGGGGCUAGAUGAGGAUGGAGGCGUGGCCAGACUGAUUGAGUCCUGCAUCUGUCCGCCGGGAUACACGGGACUGUCCUGUCAGGAGUGUGCUGAAGGAUUCUUCCGGCAGCCUGUGUCUGAGUUGUCGUCUCAGAGUCAGAAGUCUCUGUUUGUUCGUCUGUGUGUUCGAUGCCGCUGCAAUGACCACAGCGAGCGCUGCGACCCGGAGACUGGAGCCUGUCAGGGCUGUGAGCACCACACCAGCGGGCGGAGCUGCGAGCUCUGUGCCCCGGGGUAUUAUGGGAAAGUCAACGGCUCCAUCAGCGACUGCUCGCUGUGUGCCUGCCCCCUGCAGGACAACAGUUUCAGUCCCAACUGUGUGUCAGACGGAGCGUUUGGGGAUUUCGUCUGCUCAGCCUGUCAGAUGGGAUACGAGGGGAGAUACUGUGAGAGGUGUUCAGUUGGUUACUAUGGAAACCCGUCAGUGGCAGGCGGCAAGUGUCGGCGCUGCGGCUGCAGUGAUUGGGGCUCGCUGGUCCCGCUGUGUGACGCUCUGACUGGACGGUGUGAGUGUAAGGCCGGGGUCAAAGGUCACACAUGUGACCGCUGUGAGGAGAGACACGUCCUGCAGGAAGAGGAGUGUGUGUCGUGUGAUGACGAGUGUACCGGCGUUCUAUUGGACGAUCUGGAACAAAUACACAACGACUUCCUGUCUGUCAACCUGAGCGCCGUUGCCAUGGCGCCGUACCGCCAGCUGGUGCUGCUGGAGAACGCGACAAGAGACAUCCAGGCGGCGUUCCCAGAGAACGGCUCGGUCGCUCUGCGUCUGUCCGGAUUGGAGGAUGAACUCAGUCAUGUGACCUCUGACCUCAGCGCUCUGCUGCAGCAGGUCUCCCAUCUGUCUAACGACCUGGAGAAAGUGGGCGUGUCCACCAACCAGAGUCUUUCCCAGGGUGCAUUGCUGCUGCAAGGAAUCAGCAGCCUUCAGGAAAACAUCCAGGAGCUUCAGAGGGAGGCAGGGCUUCUGAACCAGAGCGCCGCGGAGCAGCUGGAUUCAGCCAAUCAGAAGGCUCUGCUGGAGGAGGUGACUGCCAUGUUGGAAACCUUCCGCGCCGUCAACAUGUCGGCCGCUGGGGCAGCGGCCAAUCAGGAGCUCCGUCUGUCGGGGUCGCUACUCCGCUCGCUGCACGAGGACUUCCUGUCCAGCAGAGCGCCGGUUGAGGACAGGCUCCGCCCCCUCUCCGCACACCUCUCUGUCGUCAUGGAAACACUGCAACACGCAGACACACAGCUGAGCAACAACGCACAGCGAAACACACAAACACACACACUGCUGGACGCCACACACACACAGCUGCAACACUACCAGUGUGCGUGUCAGAACCUGAGUGUGGACUUCCUGUUGUUGGACGGAGAGAUGGAGGAGAGUCAGCUGCUGCUGGCCGACACCGUCGACCUCACGGAGGAAAUCACCAACAGCACCUCAAUGGUGGAUCAGCUGAGUGAGCAGCUGGCUCGGUGGCGCCCCCUGCUGAGGAACCAGGUUGACUCUCUGGUUGUGGGACUGAAGAUGAGCGACGCUCUGGAGAAGGUUUACAGCGCAGAAAGCCACGCCCACCUGCUGCAGAGCCACGCCCACUCUGUGCACAGCUCUCUGUCGUCGGUGUGUAACGUGUCUCAGAACGGCAGCCGAUUGGUUCAGCUGGACAGUGACAUCACAGAACGAGUGGACUCGGCGCAGCAGGUCGCCGCCAUCGCCCAAGCCGCCGCAUCGCUGGCUCUCAACACGAGCGUCCAAUCAGAGCUGCCGCUGUCAGAAGAGGGCGGAGCCAGACUUAAAGCCAGCGCCGCAGUUUUAAAAGAAAGUCAACGAAUCAACGAGACCGCUGAAGAGCUGCAGCUGAAUGUUUCCAUGGUAACCAGCCGGCUGGGAUUGGUCAGAGAUAGCGUGCGUAACUCCAGCCUACUCCUACGUCAGCCAAUCAGAGAGCUGCACAGCCUGUCUAACGGCUCCUCUGCGUUGCUACAGGUGACCGUGACUGCGUCUGACCUGCAGGCGGCGCUGCAGCGGCUCCACCGCCUCACCCUGCAGCUGCAGAACUCUUCUUCUGUGGUGGUAAACACCAACAACACCGUCAGGGAGACCAACAAGCUGGUGACACACACACACUCUGCAGCCAAUGAGGCGCAGCGUAAACUGGAAGAGGCGGAGCAUCGUACGGAGCGUCUGAUGGAGCGGAUCAAGCCGCUGAGCAUGCUGGGAGAAACGCUGAGCAGGAAUCUGUCUGACAUCAGAGAGCUGAUUGACCAGGCCAGACGCCAGGCCGCCUCGAUUAAGGUGGCGGUCCAGGCGGACAGAGACUGCGUUCGGUCCUACCGGCCGCAGAUCCUCUCCAGUAACUUCAACACUCUGAGUCUGGUCGUCAAGACAACCAGCCCAGAAAACCUGCUCUUCUUCCUGGGCAGCAACACCACGGUGGACUUCCUGGCCGUAGAGAUGCAUGCUGGGAAGGUGUCUCUGGUUUGGGACGUGGGUUCAGGCAGCAGCAGACUGGACUUUCCUGGAGUGGACAUCAGCAACAACCAGUGGACCAGAAUCAACGCCACACGGUUCGGGGCCCACGUCUCUCUGUCGGUCCAUCAGCUGGAGGCAGAGGCGGCGCCGUUGCCCGCGGUGACGGCGACGUCACCGGGCCCAGCCCGAGUUUUAGACAUCGACAGGAACUCUGUGAUCCAUGUCGGAGGACUCGGAGCAGAGACCCGGCGGGAGGCGGCGCUGAGGGCCGACAGCUUCCAGGGCUGUCUGGGGGAAGCCUCGCUCAACGAGAAGAACAUCGGACUCUGGAACUACGUACGCAGGGACGGAGCCUGUGGAGGCUGUUUCAGCAGUCCCCAGGCGGAGGAGACCUCCUUCCACUUUGAUGGAUCUGGCUUCUCAUUGGUUCAGAAGUCUCUGCGAGCGACCUCCACCUCCAUCGUGCUGCUGUUCAAAACGCUGUCGCCGGGCGGAUUACUGCUCUACCUGGCCUCCAACAACACUAGGGACUUCCUGUCCAUGGAGCUGGUGGAGGGGCGUGUGCAUCUGACCUUUGACCUUGGCUCUGGCGCUCUGACCUUGACCUCCAGCAGGAAGUACAACACCGGCGUGUGGUACAAGAUCACGCUGCAGAGGAGCAAACGCAAAGGUUACCUGUCCAUCAUGGCUGCCGACCAGUCAUCAGAGAAGGAGGUGUUGGAGGCGGAGUCUCCCGGCUCGGCCUCGGACCUGAACCGCUCCGACCUGGACCCCAUCUACAUCGGAGGACUUCCUGCCUCCCGCCCAAUCAGGCGACAGGUGGUGUCCAGGUCGUACGUGGGCUGCAUAAAGAACGUGGAGAUCGCCCGGUCCAACUUCGACCUGCUGAGAGACGCGUACGGCGUCCGCAAGGGCUGCGUCCUCGAGGCGGUGCGCAGCGUGUCGCUGUUGGCCGGCGGCUUCGUUGAGAUCGCGGCGCCAUCAUUCGGUCAGGAGGCGGAGCUUCUCUUCUCGUUCUCCUCCCUCAACCAAUCAGGAGUCCUGCUGGCUGCCUUCAGUGAGGAGCGGACACAGAGAAAGCACUUCCUGUCGGUGCAGCUGUUCUUGGGAGCGCUGGAGGCGGAGCUUGGCGAGGUGGGCGGGGCUUCUCGGAGGGUGACGGUGGUGAAACCUGACGGAGGAUCCUUCAGCGACGGAACAACACACUCUGUCAUUAUCAACGUCAACAGGAAGUCUCUGUCUCUGCAGGUGGACGAGGAACAAAGGAAGUCUGUCUCUCUGUUGCCGGGUGGAUUAUCUCGUCUGUCUCCAGCCUCUUUCUUCAUUGGUGGGCUGCCAUCAGGGGAGGAGUCUCGUCUUCCAAUCAGAUUACAGGAAGUGUACCGGAGUUUCAGAGGCUGCAUCCAACACCUGGUGCUGUCCGGAGCACUGGUGGACCUAUCAGGGGCUGUGAAGUAUGAGGGGGCGGAGCUCGACAGCUGCCUAUUGGAGGAGAGGGCCGGAGGGGUAGUGCUUCCUGAAGACCAGGAUGUAGAGCCAACUGCUGACCCCGCCCCCCCACCUGGAGCCCCGCCCACCCAGCAGGGCGCCCUCCCACCCGGAGCGCUCACGUGUGCGUUGGAGGUGGAGCCUAGCUUCCUGCCGACGGCGGUUCAGUUUGGUUCGUCCAAACACAGUCACAUGACCUUCAUCAUCACCCCGGACGCCAUCAGGAAGAGUGUCUCUCUGAGGUUGUCGGUGCGAAGCCGGGCGUUGGACGGUUUGCUUCUCCUCCUCUCAGACUCCAAACAGAUGGACUUCGUCGUCCUCAGACUGAGCGCCGGACGCCUGAUGAUGUCAGCAGAUCUGGGCAGAGGCGCCGCCUCCAUCACCUCCUCGGUCAUCGUUAACGAUGGAGAGUGGCACGCUGUGAGCGGCGAGGUGAGCCGGCGGUCCCUGUCGGUGUCGGUGGACGGGUCGAGUCCAGACUCUGCGUCUCUCAGAGGCAACCAGCUGGACGUAGACAGCAGACUCUAUCUGGGAGGACUGCCACACACACACUCCACCCGCAGGAUCAAUGCCAGCAGCAGUCUCCCAGGAUGUGUUCGCUCCGUCAGUCUCAACGGUGCCAUGUUGGAUCUGUCCAAGCCGGCCUCGCAACAUGAUGUCACUUCCUGUUUCACCACCGACCAGAAAGGAAGUUACUUCAAUGGCAGCGGAUACGCCACUCUCAUGCGUGAUGGUUAUAAGGUCGGCUCCGACGUGUCGGUGUCUCUGGAGUUUCGAACGAGCCAAUCAGACGGAGUGUUUCUGGGAAUCAGCAGCGCCAAGGUGGACGCCAUCGGACUGGAGAUGAUCAACGGACAGGUGGUGUUCAACGUGAAUAACGGCGCUGGCCGCGUGUCGGUGCGUUCCAUUGGUCCGUUGCUCUGUGACGGCCGCUGGCACCGCCUGCUGGCCAGGAAGAGCAAACACAGCCUGAGUCUGAGCGUCAACGGGCGGAGCUACUCCACCCCCAACCCUUACCCACAAUCCACCUCUGCCGAGACCAACAACCCCGUCUACCUGGGAGGCUUUCCAGUGGGGGUGAGACAGAACUGCCUGUCUACCAUCUCGAGGUUCAGAGGAUGUCUGAGGAACGUGCAGCUCGUUAAGUCUCACCUGUCUGACGCUCUGGACCUAGGCUCCGCCCACUUCCUGUCGGGCGUCACUCCCAACUCAUGUCCUGUUGCCAGGCAACGGCCAGCCGGCCUCUGAUUGGUCCAGCGGUCUGAUGAGAGUCUGUAGUGUGUUUCUACACAAAUCAUUAAAUCUCAUCUGAAAA